AUGCAAAUGGCAUCUAAAAAUGAACACAAAGAUCAGUUGUUAUCUCCAAAAAAAUGUAAAAAAUAUAAAGCCACAAACGAAAAAGAACAAAUCUUGAAUCAACUUGAAGAUUAUAAAGACUCUUCA